UGGACAGCAGCCAGUGAUGGAGACGCUUAAGCCCGCAGAACUGUAACGUUGAACAAGGAUUCAAAUGGUUUUUGAAAUCUUCGAAAAUGGGUGACAUGAAAACCCCUGAUUUUGACGACCUUUUGGCUGCCUUUGACAUCCCUGAUGCAACGAGCUUGGAUGCCAAAGAGGCCAUUCAGGACAGUCACGACGAGGCAGAGGGACACCUGAAACACACAGGCAUGUGUAUGGAUGACACAGGGUCUGUGCCUCACGCUGUAACUGCCACAACAGAUGUUCCAGCUGUUAGCGUGAUUGUGAAGAACACCAGCCGUCAGGAGUCCUUUGAACAUGGCGUGGAGAAAGAGAGCCCACACUUGGGGCACCUUUUGCAAAAUGGGUUCAGGAAUUCUGGGAGUUCACUUGAAACCCAAGUGGGACACAGCAGUUUUCCCAGAUUGAACACCUCACCAAUUAAUGGAGAUUGUUCCAGAGGACUUCUGGAAAAAGUUCCCGUCCUAUUCAAGAGUGAAAAAAAUUCAUCUAUCUUGAAAUCUGUGCCUGAGUUCAGCCCUAUAUCGAGUCCGGAGUCUGACGAGAUGUUGAGCAAUGGCAUGGAUGACCGUCCAAAACAUGAGGAGGGACCUUACUUUCCCCAAGACACUCUGUUUGAAUCUGCAGAUAUCACCGAUAUGUCUGACAAUCACAGAAAACCAGAAACUCACAAAACAAUUGACAAGUUCAAUGAAAGAGACCUUUCCUCAGAAACUGUGAACAUUCUCAACAGAAACUCUACAUCUGUCCCUCAGGAGAAUGUGGAAUGCUUUAGCAGAGAUCACGGGGAAAAGACAGGGCCGCUCAGUAAUAAUCCCAUCUGUUCCUUGGAAAAUAACUAUAGCAAUGCCGAAACAAAGAAAUAUCUCACACUAGAGACAAACACAUCCCCCUCUCCUCCAUGUGUCAAAAAGGCAUCUAAACUCUCCACUUGCCUUGAUGCACUAGCAGCUCUGAACGCCAAGAAGGACCCCAGUGAGCAAACUAAUGUGAGGGACUUAGGACCAGCCCCACUGAAGGCAAGUCCCAAAGUUCCCAUUUCGCCAAGGAGCCCACGAAGUCCCCUGGAGGCAGUGAAACGGCUAAUCAAACAACCUGACAGCCCUAUGAGUAUGUGCAGUGACAGCAGCAGCAAAGGUUCACCCGCGCUGGCGACUGGUUCCCCUCCAGCCAUUCCUAGAGUCAGAAUAAAGACAAUCAAAACCUCAUCUGGGCAGAUAAAACGAACUGUUACUAGCGUGUUGCCGGAUUCAGAAACCGAGGAUCUCCAGUCCCCUUUUGGGUCUUCUCCAUCUCAGUCGUCUGUCGACGAGGUCUGCUCCAAAGUGCUGCCCAUGUAUCGCCCCCAAGAUCUUGUUAGCGAUGUCGUUUUUGAAAACGGAAGAAGGGACGCCCCCAGAGCUGCCCAGCUUGGUACGGCGCCGACAAAGGCUAAAACAGCGGGCGGUUCCAAAAAAGCACCCAUGCAAAACGUCAGCGGGAACCUCAAGAGAACUCAGAGGGGUCAAAGACAGAGGAAAGUUUUGUCCAACCAAGCAGGCUCUGCCACCAACACCAGCUACCUUCCCAAAGCAUUACACCUGGCCAAUCUAAAUCUGGUCCCUCACAGUGUCGCCGCCUCCGUCACAGCGAGAUCCUCCUCUCACGGACCGAGCGAAUCCCAGCUCUCGUCCUCUGUGGUGUGUAACACCGUGCCUUUGGUGCAUCAGGUGAAAAAAGCUCUCCCAAACACUCACGCUGUUCUGCCUAACACCGCCGCCGGGACUUUGAGCAGACUGUUGAAUCACUCUAACCCCGUGCCACCCUACGUACCUGACUUAAAACCUCCACCGGAGAGCAACAUCAAGCUCCCCUCCAACGGCUACUGCUGUCUGGAAUGCGGAGAUUCCUUCGGCCUUGAGAAGAGUCUUGCUUACCAUUACAGUAGAAAGAGCGUACACAUCGAGGUCACUUGCACUCAUUGUUCUAAGACACUGGUGUUUUUCAACAAGUGCGCCCUGCUCGCGCACGCUCGAGAACACAAGAGCAAAGGCAUCAUCAUGCAGUGCACACAGCUCUUCAUGAAACCCAUCGCUGUUGACCAGAUGUUUACACCCAUCAGGCAGGAGCGACCUGCACCUUCUCGUAACUCGCAGACGCGCAGCUCAGUGCAGUCAGCUAAAGGCCAAGCAGCCCAGCCACUCGCCCGACACGGACUCAGAUGCCUGGAGUGUAACAAGCCCAUGAGAGACCACACAGCGCUGGCUGGACAUUUUCAGAGAUUGGCAGGAGAUGCUGAGGUUCUGAUGUGCAGACCGUGUUCAAUGUUGCUGCCCAAUAAAUGCAGCUACAGAGCUCACCAGCGGAUUCACACACACAAAUCCCCAUACUGCUGCCCGGAGUGCGGUUUCAUCAGUCGCUCUACAGACAUCCAAAAACAUGUGAAGGAAAACUGCCUUCACUACUCACGGAAAGUUGGAUAUUCAUGUCGACAUUGCGAUAAACUUUACAUGUCCCUCCCUCUCCUAAAAAGCCACAUCGAGCAGAAACAUUGUGAUGUGUUUUAUAAGUGUUCCGUCUGUCCAGUUGCCUUCAAAACUACAGAUGGCUGUCAGACACAUAUCAAAAACAAACACGGUGCCAUGGAAACCUCUCCACUGGUGAUCUACAAGUGUUCCUGUGAGACAGUUUUUAAGAAAAAACAGCUUUUGUUUCAACAUUUCCAUCAGCGUGCCUGUCUGUUCAAAUGUCCUGAGUGUACCUCGGUCUUCACACAGAAACUGGAGUUAAUGCAGCACUUCAGGGAUGCACACAGUGGAGUUUUCAGAGGCGAAGCUGAAAAAGGCUCUAGACACACACAGACAGUUUCAGUCUCACAGCAUCAGGAGACCAUGCCUGCAUCCUGCCCUCCAAAGGCAAACAAACCCAUCAGCGGAGCUAACAGAGGAGAGAGGGACAGCAGCACAGCUGCACAAAAGUCCAGUAGCGGUGUGAACAUGAGGAAUGCUGGUUGGACCUGUGGAGAAUGCCUUCUCUGGCUGCCGGACAGAGAGACCUAUGUCAACCACAUGAAAACCAGCCACAGCAGGUUGGUGAAGAGGCAUCCAUGUAGGCAGUGUGACCGAUCUUUUAACUCCUCCACAAGUCUGAGACGACACGUUCGUCACGACCACGAUGGGAAGAAGAGAGUCUACACAUGCUGGUAUUGCACAGAUGAAAAGGUGACCUUCACUAAACACUUUAUGUUGAAGAACCAUAUGAGUUUGAUGCACGGCAUCAAAAACCCAGACUUGAGUUUGAUGGCGAAGUUUGCCCCUCAGGAGCCUGGCAGUGCUGUGGCUCAGGGGUCAAAGAGAAGGGCAGAGGAUGCCCAGGGAGGGGGAGACGGCGGCGGUACAGCGGACGCUCCUCUCGUCAAGCGCCUCAGGCCGCAUUUCCGCUGUUCCAAGUGCGGCUACACCACGGAAAACAAAGCACAGUUUCUGGAGCACAUACCUCAACACAAGACAGACAGUGACACUCCCCAGUGUCAAAACUGCGGGCUCUGCUUCACCUCCCAGCUCGCCCUCAACAGGCACCUCUUCAUCGUCCACAAGGUCAAAGAGCCAGAGGACGAGGAGGUAGAGGAGGAAGAGGAGGAGGAGGAGGAGGAGGAUGACGAAGAGGAUUUGGAUGAGCGAAAGGACCUGGAGCCACGGCAGGGGAUACCAGAGGACACUUGCAAAAAAAAUGAACUGGAGCCGGCAGUAGAGAAGCACGGCCCAUCCACCGUGGCUUGUCCAUCCAGGCCAGCGGCUGAAGUCUGCAGCAAUACUGUGGAUAGAGAAUUCUCAGACUCCGCGCACACACAGACUCCAGACACAAGCGGAAGGGAAAAGUCUGAGUAAUGAGAGUGACCGAAAACACUCAAAAGCUGCUAAUUAUCUACGUUUUUCUAAUACGAGUUUGAUUUUUUUUUUUUUUUUUUUUUAAGCUGAACACGCAGCUGACAAUAGUGGUACUUAAAUCGUGUUGCCUUACAAUGAAAUGACAGCGUCUCCUGAAGUUAUUUGUGUAUCUCAAGUGAAUGAGCUAGCAUGUUGAGAGCUUACUCCGGUUCAGAAACGCCAGCGCGUUGUUUACACGUGUGCCUGGCAUAAUUCAGCAUCAUACUGUCCAGCUCACACAAUGAGUCUGGUCUAGUAUGGAGUAUUUUCUCUCUCUCUC